AUGGUGGACAGACCGAACAAGCCGUCAGCGCUUGCCGCGACGCCGGGCCUUCCGCCCCAGGCCCAGGUCAACAUCUCCCACGGCAACUCGCGCGUCACGGCCACGCUGCCCACCGGCGAGAGCGUCGAGGUGCUGCUUUUUGGCGCUACCGUACUGAGCUGGAAGGAUGCCUCGGGCGAUGAGAAGCUGUGGCUCAGCGAGAACACCAAGCUUGAUGGCACCAAGGGCGUCCGAGGAGGCAUCCCCCUCGUCUUCCCGGCUUUCGGCCCGCCGGACCCAAACCACGCCGCGACGUCCAAGCUGCCACAGCACGGCUUCGCCCGCACCGCUCGGUGGGAGUUCCUCGGCAAGUCCACGAGCGAAGGCUCCUCGAGCUCCAGCGUCAAGCUCGACUUUGGCCUCUCGCCUGAGAACCUCGACGACGCGACGCGCAAGCUGUGGCCGUACCAGUUCGGCCUGCUGUACAGCGUUACGCUCGACCGCGAGAGCCUCAACACGACGCUCGUCAUCAGCAACGACGGCGACGAGCCGUUCGAGAUUCAGACCCUGCUCCACACGUACUUUAGGAUCAAUGACAUAAACUCGGUCGAGGUCACCGGCCUCGAAAACUCGCCGUACACGGACAAGGUCGAUGGCGCCAAGGCCAAGACGGAGGGCUCCUCGGCCGUCACGUUCUCGGGCGAGACGGACCGCGUGUACACGCCCGCCAAGGGCCCCAAGCACCCCGUCGUCAUCUCGGACGGCGGGCGGCCGCGGUUCCGCAUCGUCCGCGACAACCUCGACCAGGUGGUCGUCUGGAACCCCUGGACCGACAAGGCCGCUGGCAUGGGUGACUUUACGCCCAAGGAUGGGUUCCGCAACAUGGUGUGCGUCGAGGCCGGCAGCGUCCAGGGGUGGCAGAAGCUGGACAAGGGCGAUGCUUUUGAGGGCGCGCAGACCAUCUUCCUUUCUUAG